GCAGCGUAUUCAGUCACCGCGGAACUGUAGCGUAUUUCACAGGUGUGUUGAUAGAGUGCGUGAUGUUCUACGAUCGUAAAUAAAACCAGUUAUAACAAUAAUAGUGCUCAUUUUGUGAAAAUAUUAUAGUGAAAUAGGAAAUCUUCUGUAAUAACUGCAGCUGUGUUGUUAAUUUAACAUUGUUUUAUCGUAUUUGUGGCCAAGUGGUGCGUUUCGAAACAGUGACAACAAGUUUUUCUUGUCUUGUGAGUUCAGUCCUUGAGUCGGAGGCUUUAUCGUCGUCUACGACGCCUGUCCCGCUGCUUGUUCGCUUGGCGGGCAAUUCGUGGUCAAGAUUCCGCGUCCUGAAUUUCAUCCGAGGUGGAGAAAAUUUUUGAGCUGAAGGUGCCUGAGGAGGCAAUGAUGGCGCCCAGCGUGUUCCAAAGGACCAAGUCACCGCGCACCUCACCAGGAAACUUACCCAGGAAACUACAGAACGGCACAGAAGCGUCCGGCCAGUCGGACCCCACGGCAGACUCCAGUCCUGGCAACUCCAUAUCCGAUGCUGAGAACUUCGAGUGCUACGGCGAGGGAGACCACGACACUCCAGCUAACACAGUAGAAAACGGCACGAGAAGUCCUGGCAACCCACUGAACAGACAUUCUUGGACUAGAACAAGUUUAAGGCGAACCCCACCGAGCCACCAGGAGAACUUGCCGCAUCGGCGAUGGGGCUCCAUGAGACACUCUGGGAAGCGACAAAUUGGCUCCAAUGUCUUAGCUAGCCAAUUAUACCGGUCGUCGUCAUUCAACUCGUCGGGCUGCGGCUCUGGCGGGGAACCAGCUGACGACAUGUACUCAGAUGUGUCUCUGGAGGAAGAUGUCCAAGGUCUCAACUAUAAGGUGCAGCUACUGCAGCAGCAGGUGACAUCCCUGGCCGACACGCAGAGCACGGCGGACGAGCGCUACGCGAGGGCGAAGGCCGACAACGCAGUACUGCAGGCCCGGGUGCACAUGCUCGACGAACAGAUCAGAGAGAUCGAGUGUCGUUGUGAAGAGAGCAUAGCUGAGGAGAAGCGGCGCAGUCGCGAGGCUAUAUCGCGCGUCGAGAGGGACCGUGACACGCAACUCGCGGCGAUCACUGACAGGCUCGGUGCUGCUGAAGCAGAGGCUUCCGAACUUAAACAAGAGGUGGGUCGACUCCGUGGCGUGGCAGAAACGCUCAGAGCAAAUGCAGAAGCGGCAGCGCGGGCGCACCGCGAAGCUCAAGAGCAAGUCGCAGAACUUUCCGCAGCGUUGAGCAAUGCUCGUGAAGCCGAGAGAAGGGAGAGGGACGCGGCUGCCACCGCCAACGACCUGCUGGCGACUGCCAGGCAAGAGUUGCAGAGACUGAGGGAUGUACCGCCCCCACCGCCCGACCCCCGCCUCGAUGAGCUCAGGAAGGAACUCACGCUGCUUAGGACGCAGAAUAAAUCUCUCUCGGAAGCUCAAGAGGAAUUACAAGCGCAGAUCUUAACGCGCGGGGUGGAGGAAGGUCGCAGCCUGCUGGAUGGAGUCAGUGGGCCUCUGGUCGGCACCAACUCACUCGCACACGAACUGUCGCAAAUGAGCGAUGAUGAGCCCGAUGGUAACGAUACACAAUCUGAUCUCAGCAUAGAGAUGGAAAAGUUGCAGAAAGCUUUAAAGGAACAGCAAGACGUGAAUGUUCAACUGAGGAACUACAUCGACGGAAUCUUGCUAUCCAUAGUCGAGAACUAUCCACAACUUCUCGAAGUCAAAUACCAGAAAGCACCGGGCGACUUGAACGCAAGGUCAUAACACACAAAUCCUAUAUCUUUUGUUAUUAUCAUUUCAUAUCCUUCGUUAUACUUUCAAUCGAUUAUCAAUUUAAUUGGACAUGUUUUAACAAUUUAUUUCUAUUUUAUUAUCAACAAAUGAAAUUAUAUAUUUUUGAUUUAGAAUGAUAUUAUUACUGUGAUAAGAAAGGUAAUCAACAAAAUUAUUAUAUAUAGCUUUCCUAUUUGGAAAACUUUAGUCUUCUGUACUUGAAUAAUAAAUUUUAUAAUUUUAAUGAAAAGGAAUUCCAUAAAUAUGGAGAUACCUUCACAACUUUAAGUGUCAAUAUAAUUAUGAUAAGAUGUGUUGUAAAUAUUGUGUAUAGUAAAAUAUAUUAUUAAGCAUUUUUUAAAGGUUUAGAAAAAUAUCGUUCCUUGUUAUUAUCUCAGACGUAUGCUUAUUAUAUGCAGUUGUCAGUUAAUAAUAAGUAAUAUAUAAUUUAUUUGGGUUUAUUACUGUAGAUCUGUGAAAACUAGGAGAAUGUUAUUGAAAUAUACUUUAAACGACAAGGCCAGGCCGUCCAUAAAGAUAUUAUUUGUAACUACUUAAAGCAAUUUUUGUGAAAGACUGUGCGAAUGGUAAACUUGGGUGCGUAGCAUAUAACGUUUUAUAUCCAUAAGAAAUGUAUGAAUUAUUUGAUAUAUUUACGACUGCUCCAAAAUUACUUUCAAUUAUUUUUGUGGCUACAUAUUAAUUGAAAAUAAUUUCGAAGAAGUAGGUAUUGUAUAAUAAUAAAUUGGAGCCAUUUAUAUGAAGAAUGUAUUCAUAAUUGUAAAUUACGUCUAACUGCAUACCCUAGUACCUAAAACAAUAAUUAUGUAGUAAGAAAGAUCAUGUACCUAUAUUUUUACAAUGAAAUAUUUAUAGUUAAGUUAGUACGUAGCUAUAUAGGCAUUUGUGUACAUUUUGAUAACACUGUUCAUAAGUCUAAUAACAAAAGAUAUCUUGAUCUAUAACAGUCAUCAAAGUAAAUUAAACCAAUUAAUACAGA